AGUCUGGCAGAGAAGAUGAAACUUUUCUCACAGAAGAUUGAAGAAAAGAAGGAACCAAAGAGCAAGAAACCAUUGCGUCCUGAUGCGCCAGUCACCAGGCGGCGAAUGAGAAGAUUGGGUUCAAGGUUUAAGACACAGCCUGUUACUUCAGAGGAGGUAGAGAAAGCCAGCACUUCUAGGAUAUCACCCUUGGCCAUUACCUUCAUCAAGCCUCCAGAUCCAGAAAUUCUGGCUGGUCUUCCAUUGAGUGCCCAGAGGGAUAUUAUGGUCCAACACGCUGGAGCAGUUCUCUCUGCCCCCAACUCACAGCCCAACUCACAGCCCAACUCUCAGCCUAACUCCCAGCCCAACUCCCAGCCUAGUUCCCAGCCUAAUUCACAGCCUGGUUCACAGCCUGGAUCAAGAAGAAGCUCCAUGUCAGAUAACAAAGCCAAAGGUGUUCUAGGAUCCAGAGAGUCAUCCAUGUCUGAAGAAUCGACCAAAGAAGACCCCAGACAAAUUCUGAAACAACUUGAAAAAGAAAUAACAGCUGGGAGAGAUGUUAAAGGGAAGAGCAUCCUCAAGGAGUCUUCCAAGGGUGAAACAACCACCCUGGAGACUGGGAAAGGCAUCCUUAAAAGUGCCGCACCAACAGUGACCAGUGCCUCUGAGGACAGAAUGAUGGCGCCACCGUCAGCAUCAGAAAUCACCAGAGGAAUUCUAAAAAGUGGUACAGAGAAAAAAUCUGCAGACACAGCCUCCAAAAGUGAAGUGGCUGAACCGAAAAGCAUUCUGAAAAAGGACAGCUUGAAAGAGACUUCACCUCCUUCUGCAGCAACAGAACCUGAGAAGGGAGUUCUGAAGAAAGAAAGCUCCUUUGACAAGUCCAAAGGUCACAUCAAGAGCAUACUGAAACCAGACUCCAACUUUGACAAAUCCAAAGAAUCGCUGUCGCAUCCAGGUGUUGUUCACAGCAACGGUACAGAAACCAAAGAGGAAGAUACGUCAUUGUCAGAGUCUGACCUGGAUACUCUUGUGCAGGAAAACAAAAAUGAUGUAUCUGUUGUAAAAGCCGGAGACCUGGAUGACAUCAUUCAAGCCAACGAGCACGUGAAGACCCCGAGUAAAGACACUCCACCCAGUAAGAGAAAGGAAAGGAAGGCUAACGAGAGGUAUAAUACUUUGGGGGCAUCAUCACCUACGCCAGAGAAAUCUCCCAAGAAUCAGAGAAAGAUAAAAAGCUACACACAGGAGCGGCACAAAACCCAACCCAUCACGGACGCUGAAAAGGAAGAAGCUGAGAAAGAGGAGGAGGGUCUAAAAGUCGGCUCCUCUAUUAAAGAAAGACUUGCCUUCCUGAAGAAGAGUGGCGAUGAGGCAUGGAAGAAGAGGAUAGGGAAAGAUGUUGGUGGGGAAGACUCCCCAGUCAAGCUGCGCGACAGACCAGCCCGCCAGGGUCUUGAUGUCAAAGAGAACACGGGCAGCAUUGCAGACCGUCUCAAUCAAAUUGCUAAGUCAUCUCAGGGAUGGAAAGACCGAGUAGAGGAAAAAGAUGUUGACCAAUUUACAGUGGAAGGAAAAAUCAACAAACAAGGAUCCAGACUUACUGUUCACGACAGUCCGCUCCUCCAGCGCAAGAAGAGAUCAUCUCCCAGAAGCUCCUCUUUUAAGUUACCCAGAGAGAAGCAAGACGACUCCCUUGCCUCUUCCACACCUCGGGCUCCGCCUGCCCCUGGGGCGUUCAAGCUUCCUCCCCUACCCAAGCAUACUCCUCGAGCUUCUGAUGACGCUGAGGAUGAGGAAGGAGCAGGCAUAGUUAGAUUAAGCACUGUGAAAGAAGAGUCUUCUGCCACUACUUCUGCUAAUACUAGAACUGCUGCUACUUCUACUAAUACUGGAACUGCUACUACCAGGCAGGGUAGAUCCUGCAAGGUUCAAUUUGUUGGGUCUUUGCAAUGGAGAGAGACAGAAACAGGUAAACUCCAGAAAUCAUUCACAGUAGACGACCCAGAGCAUGCCGCGGAGCAGCAUAAGACAUCAGAGAUGGGGGUGGAGGCCAAACAGAUCAAUAAGGUGCAGGUGCCCCAGGCAGACGACGAAACUUUUGAUGCAUUUUUCCAAAAACCAGCUCAGACUAAAGAAGAUUCUGAGAGUGUGCGGGUGUCUGUGGAUGAUUUUAAUGAGUUAUUUAUGGAUGCUGGAGAAAUAUUACAGACAGCAAAGAAGGCUCGUCCACAGAGGCGCAAGGCAGGAUCGAAAAACCCGCUCAAGUCUCUGGCUGCCAGGAAAGACAUCCAGUCUGAAUAUAUCGAGAUCAGGACAGACGUCGCUGAUAGAGAACUGAAGAGGGUAAAGAGACAAGCAAUUGCGUCAGAAGCAGGGUUAGCAGAAGCUGCCCUGGCAGGUUUAGCCAGUACAGAAGACUUUGCUAAGAUUGCCCUGAAGAAGAUGAACCUGUCCCAGGGGGCUGUCACCCCAGGGGGAAUGGGCAGAAUGGACCCCUAUAAAUCUGUCAUGUUACUACAAGUGAAAGGUAGGAGACAUGUUCAGACAAGGCUGGUGGAACCUUGUCCGCUGUCAGUGAACAGUGGCGACUCCUUUGUUCUGAUAGUGGAUGGCUCUGUGGUACACUGGACGGGAGAGUAUGCCAAUGUCAUUGAGAAGGCCAAGGCUUCAGACAUUAGUACUUACAUAGUUCAGAAGAAGGACCUAGGAUGUAAGAAUGCCAGAGAUGUGGGGAGUGUGGACGAGAAGAAGCAGCACCUGGGAGCUGGGAAACUGUUCUGGAAGACUCUGGGAGGCCAGGAUGAGUACACCAUGAGUGGUCCCCCAGAAGAAGAUGAGAUAUAUGAACAAUGUAUGGUGCAGACCAAUAUGAUCUACAGGUUUGAGGAUGAUUCACUGGUGCCGUACACAGAAUACUGGGGGAAUGUCCCCAAGUAUGAGAUGCUCAACCCAGAUCAGAUAUUUGUGUAUGACUUUGGCCCAGAGAUGUAUGUCUGGCUGGGCAAGAACAUGCCAUUUGACAAGAGAAAGAUUGCCAUUAAGCUCGCCAGACAGAUUUGGGACCAAGGUUACGAUUACUCUGAGUGUGACAUCAACCCUUUCUCUCCUCUCAGAAGUGAAGAAGAUGGCGGGGCUCCAGCCAAAGCUGAUAAACGCCCAGACUGGUCUCUGUUUGGGAAGAUUACUCAGAAUAUGGAGACCAUUUUGUUUAAAGAAAAAUUCCUAGACUGGCCUGAUCCUGCUAGAAUUAUCACAGUAAAAGGAGCCGACACAGACAGUAAGACUAAGAAUGAGCCAGCUGUAGAAUUGAAGGCGUAUGACGCGGCGGUGAUGGUUCCUCUAGACACCUCUCCUGUCACCCUGUGUCUGGAGGGACAGAAUGUGGGGCGUGGCUUAAACUGGGCUGAGGAGUACGAAGGCCUGUGGAGAGAGUAUGACAUCUUGACUCUUGGUUUGGCCAUGUGGCAUAUUCUGGAGUUUGAUCAUUACCAGCUGCCUGAAGAGUGUCUGGGACAGUUCCACAACCAGGACACGUACGUGGUGCGCUGGCAGUUCUUGGUGGGACAGAAAGGCAUGAAGAACCUGAAGGGAGGCGUAUCUAACAGACAAUCCAUGACAGGCCGAGAGAGGUGUGCGUAUUUCUUCUGGCAGGGCAAGGGUUCGACAAUCAGUGAAAAAGGGGCCUCGGCUCUGAUGACAGUGGAGUUGGAUGAAGAAAGGGGACCACAGGUAAGGGUGACAGAAGGCAAGGAGCCUCCAGCCUUCCUGAACUUGUUUGAAGGCAGGAUGAUAACAUACAUCGGCAAGCGCGAGGACGAGUCCACCAACACUCAGGGAUCAUGGCGGCUUUACGCCAUAAGAGGAGAGCUGGAAACUGAGACAAAUUUGGUUGAGGUUCCAGCCAAAGUAGAAUGUUUGCGUAGUCGAUCUUCCCUCCUCUUGCUAAACAUAAAGACUGGGUAUUUGUAUGUGUGGCAUGGGUGUAAGUGCACUGCCAAUACCAGGAAGAAUGCCUUAGCAGCUGCUCAGAGACUUAAGAAUAAGUGCCCAGUGGAAGUGGGUCUCCAUGAGAAGGCCUCCAUCGUGAUCACAGAGGUAGAGGAGGGCAGUGAGAAGUCCAGCUUCUGGGCAGGCUUGGACUGCAAGGACAGGGACAAAUAUGACACCUUGCUCAAAUCUCCAGCCAAGUUUGACUACACCCCCCGUCUGUUCAACAUGACCAGUGUGGCUGGAACAUUUGAGGUGUCAGAAGUGCUCAAUCCCUGCAGACAUCCAGAUUAUGUGUCAGCAUUCCCUUUUAUACAGACAGAUCUCUACAAACACUCUCAGCCAGCAUUGUGCCUUAUAGACAACAAGACAGAGAUAUUUCUGUGGCAGGGCUGGUGGCCAGAGGGGACAGAGGAGGACGAGAAUGUCAAGACAGGGUCAGCUCAUGCCAGGUUUGAUGUAGACAAGAGACUGGCCAUGGAAACAACACUGAAGUACUGCAAAGAAUGCAAUCCCUCUUCCCCUGCCAAAGCCUACUUGGUGUAUGCAGGACUGGAACCAAAGCAUUUUGUCAAUCUCUUUCCCUACUGGGAGUACAGGGAAGAUGUCACCAGCCUGAAUUUGAAGGAGGGCUUCGUAGAUGGUCAGAUGGACAAUAUGGAGGAGUCAAUGACAGAACUGUGUCGAAGCCGCUACACCAUGGCGGAACUGCAGGAGCGCCCUCUGCCAUCAGGAGUAGAUCCUCUGAAACUAGAAUCUUAUUUGUCUGAUGAAGAAUUUGAGGAAAUUCUCCAUAUGACAAAAGAAGAAUUCUACAGUUUACCAAAGUGGAAACAAUCAGAUCUCAAAAAGCCAGCCGGAUUGUUUUAACUGCUGAAACAUUUGUGGAUAGAGUGCAAUACAAAUUUUCAAGACAAGAACAAUGAUAUGAAAUUUUUAACAAAAUUUCCUUGUUAAACUGUAAACAGGAUAAUGUGAAAAUAAAGUUUUGCUCAAGACAGAUACUUAAAAACAAUGUAUUAAAUUUUCAAAGGUUCUUAGAACUCUGUUAGUGAUGUUGAAAUGUAAAGGAAGCCUUGAAAGAAGGUAGAACAGAAACAGUUUCUUCCAACAUAACAUUAGGUGCUCAAAUCCCGUCUUCAUUUCUUCUCAUACAAAGCCUGAAAUAUUGAACUUUGCUUGUAAAAUCUUAAUUGACCUCUUCUUGAUGAUCUUUGUUUAUAUCAGUUGUUUUCUUGUUCAUUUGUACAGUUAAUAUAUUGUAUCAUUAUUAUUUUUUUCCAUGACAGUGGUAUACUGUAUAGUCUCAACUGUGAUGGUGGAAUGGUGUUGUUGCCAUGGUUACCAGUGUUAGUGAUAUAUUUCAUAGCAACAAGAAAUGUACACGUGAAACUAUUAAAGUUUUUGUAUAUAUGUCAGAAUGUAAAAUAUCAUGUUGAACGCUGUAUAUUAAUCAUUCAUAUUCUCACCUUUUUUGUCCUCACGUCUCUAAAAAGUUGCUUUUUCUUCUCUGUGUUCCCUGCUCUUAUGUAUAGCCAUUAGUCAAGACAGUUAACGUUAAAUACUUGUAAUUAUAUAUAUAUUUAUAUAUAUAAGAAUUUAAACUUAUAAGGUAUUAUUUUGUACAUAAAAUCAUCCAUACAUCAUAUUAUACUUUGGUAGAGGCUAGCUGGUAUUUUCCUAACUAAUUUCCUAUGAAGGACAUGAUAACAGUCACUUUUGCUCUUUAAAUUGAAUAGCUCUGGUGCAAUGGUUUCUCUGUGUCAUUCCUCUCUGAUACAGAAAAUAAAUUGUUAUACUUUCAUGUAUAAUUUAAUCAAAGGGAAUUGCUUUGAAGUAACACUCAUAAAGCCCCUGUUGUUUAAGAAAAAUUGAGCUCAUUAGGAGUCUGUUACUUAGGUUUUAAACCAAUUGUAUGUUUCUAUAUGCAAAAAACUCUUUGCUAAAUAAAAUAUGCUAUG